UCCGGAACACGCGGCGCUGUAACGGGAUGAGCGGCUGCUCGAGCUCAAGCGUUCACUGAUCCACAAUAAACAACUGCAGGACAACCUGUCAAAUUUAACAUUUCUGUUGCAUUUCAUAUCUUAAAAGACAGGGAGCAAUCAUGACUAUAGACGCGCCAGUUAUUUUGGCCGCACUUUUCUUUACGAUUAUUGCCAUUAUAAUCGCAUCGACGCUACUGGCGAAGAAACCUGCGCCAAAGAAAGAAAACAAGCGACACGCGGAGGAGAGACCGGAGCGGGACACUGACUAUCCGCAGCCCAGAGUGGAGGCUCCUGCUCCGGAUCCAGUGAAAGAGGAAAAGCCAGUUCCUGAAGUUAUCCCAUUGCAACAAACACCUGUCCAGGCAGAGGUAAAGACUGAAAAGGAGGCGGUCAUUGAACCAAAAAAGGAAGAGGCUGUUCCUGUCGCCCCUGUUAUUGAGGAGAUUGGUGUUGUAGAGGAGCAGCCUGCAGCUGAACCUGAAGUCAUCCCUGUACAUGAAACACCUGUCCAGGCAACUCCAGAGCUUGUUCCUGAGGCCGUCAUAGAAUCUGCCCUUGUGGAAGUGCCUGUCCCUGUGACAGAGCAAGUGCCUGAGCAAGUAGAGGUACCUAGACCUGCACCAGAACCAGUGGUUGCACAAGUAGAAGAGCCAGUGCCUGAACCAGUGAAAGAGUCUGUCCCAGAACCAGAGCCAGUGCCUGAAUCAGUAUUAGACGUGCCCGUCCCAGAGCCCACCCCUGGAAUGGUCCCAAAGGUGUCUGUCACAGAGCCAACCCCUAAAACAGUCCUAGAGGUGCCCGUCCCUGAGCCCAUGACUGAAACGGUGACAGAGGUAUCCAUACCCGAUCCUGCCCCUGAACCAGUGUCUGCACCUACCCCUGAACCAGCCUCAAAGGUGCCCGCCCCUGAACCAGUGUCUGCACCUACCUCUGAACCAAUCUCAAAGGUGCCCGCCCCUGAGCCAGUGUCUGCACCUACCCCUGAACCAGCCUUAAAGGUGCCCACCCCUGAACCAGUGUCUGCACCUACCCCUGAAUCAGUCUCAAAGGUGCCCACCCCUGAACCAGUGUCUGCACCUACCCCUGAACCAGUCUCAAAGGUGCCCGGCCCUGAACCCGUGUCUGCACUUGCCCCAGAGCCAGCAUCUGAGCCCACCCUUGAAGCAGAACAUUCGCCCAUCCACGAGACCUCUUCAGCAGCUGAAUCAGCUCCAGAGAUCCCUGAGAAUAAUGAUGUUGCAGCUGCCUCUGUGACAGAUGAGGGUGAGACCCCCGAAGUUGUGCCCGGUAAGAAGAGGACCACCAAGUUUGAGAAGAGAAUGGCCAAGGAAGAGAUGGAAGAGGAGCAAAGGAUAGAGUUCACAAAUGACUUUACCUCUCUUUAAACAACAAAAGGCCUGUUUCAGGCUGCUGAGCUGCUGAGUAAGCAAAACUCGUGCGUGGAAAAAGUGUGCCCCCUAAAAUCAACCUUGCAGAAUGACUUCUAUUGACUGUUUUGGAAAUUUGUCAUAAUGAAAAAAAAAAAAAAAAAAAAUCCAAAACCAUUGCUCUUUUAGUCUCUUCAAUGCUUUUAUCUUUCUUGGUGUUCUGUACAGGCCACUUUACAUUUCUGCCUGUGAAUAGCAUGCUUCAUCAAGCAAACCACCAAAGAGCAUCAAAUUAUAAUUUAAAAACUUUUCUCUGUUUUUAUUUUGGCUUUUUGUGUCAUGUUUCAUAGGUACUUUGAAACCUCUUUGGGAAAAACAAGGUUUUUAAUCUGACAUUAUGGGCUUGAUUUCAAGCUAGUUGUGAAGUUACAAUCUCCCUUACAUAUAUAGUUUUUAAGAUUUGGAAACACUGUUGGAAAAUGAAAGUGAUGGGUAUCAGUGAACCAGCAGUUUUCAGGAUGUUUUUUGUCUGAUUAUGAAAUAUUAUAUGAAAUGACAAUCCCAUUGUGCCUGUGUUGAGUGCCAGUGUGUCCCUAACUCAGCCAAUCAGGAUUCAGUCUGCAAGUUCUACCCAUCAUACACUUCUGAAAUGCCAUCACGCCCCCAUGUGGACACUUAGAGCUAUGACCAUCACAUGCUGAUGGUGAAAAAAAUGCAAACACACACUGUAGUCAUAUGUGUGCCAUGAAAUGUAGAAACAGUUUUUAUUUUUUUGGUUGGUUAUAAUGUUGAAAAAAGGGUUAAUAGAUGAAUCUCUUGAAAACAUAUCCAGGUGAAAUUUUACCCCAUAAUCAGAGUAAAUAAAAUUUGCAUUAAUAAAAUUAAGCCAAUUUUUAAGAUAAUUAAGAUUUAUAUUUAGCAUUAUAACAUUAUUUUAAUGACAAUUAAGCCAAAUUUUUAUUGCUGUUAUGCAUUUCCUGUAACCCUCAUUAGAUUCUCAUUACUGAACUAUUGUAAUUUUACUGCAAUAAAGUAACACAAUUGAUGUAUAUAUACAUCAAUUGUGUAAAUAAAUUUUUGGGUGAACUGUUGCUUAAAAUAUAUAUACACACACACACACACUCACUGGGGGCCAAAGGUUUGGAAUAAUGUACAUAUUUUGCUCUUAUGGAAAGAAAUGGGUACUUUUAUUCACCAAAGUGCCAUUCAGCAGAUCAUAAUGUAUAGUCAGGACAUUAAUAACGUGAAAAAAUACUAUUACAAUUUGAAAACAAAAUCAAAUGUUAAACUACUUCAAAGAGUUCUCAUCAAAAAAAUCCUCCACGUGCAGCAAUGACAGCUUUGCAGAUCCUUGGCAUUCUAGCUGUCAGUUUGUCCAGAUACUCAGGUGACAUUUCACCCCACACUUCCUGUAGCACUUGCCAUAGAUGUGGCUGUCUUGUCGGGCACUUCUCACGCACCUUACAGUCUAGCUGAUCCCACAAAAGCUCAAUGGGGUUAAGAUCCAUAACACUCUUUUCCAAUUAUCUGUUGUCCAAUGUCUGUGUUUCUUCGCCCACUCUAACCUUUUCUUUUUGUUUUUCUGUUUCAAAAGUGGCUUUUUCUUUGCAAUUCUUCCCAUAAGGCCUGCACCCCUGAGUCUUCUCUUUACUGUUGUACAUGAAACUGGUGUUGAGCGGGUAGACUUCAAUGAAGCUGUCAGCUGAGGACAUGUGAGGCAUCUAUUUCUCAAACUGGAGACUCUGAUGUACUUAUCCUCUUGUUUAGUUGUACAUCUGGCCUUCCACAUCUCUUUCUGUCCUUGUUAGAGCCAGUUGUCCUUUGUCUUUGAAGACUGUAGUGUACACCUUUGUGUGAAAUCUUCAGUUUUGUGGCAACUUCAAGCAUUGUAUAGCCUUCAUUCCUCAAAACAAUGAUUGACUGAUGAGUUUCUAGAGAAAGCAGUUUCUUUUUUGUCACUUUUGACCUAAUAUUGACCUUAAGACAUGUCAGCAUAUUGUGGCAACUCAAAAACAAGCACACAGACAAUGUUAAGCUUCAUUUAACGAACCAAAUAGCUUUCAGCUGUGUUUGAUAUAAUGGCAAGUGAUUUUCAAGUAUCAAAUUAGCAAUUUAGCAUGAUUACUCAAGGAUAAGGUGUUGGAGUGAUGUCUGCUGGAAAUGGGGCCUGUCUAGAUUUGAUCAAAAAUGAUUUUUUCAAAUAGUGAUGGUGCUGUUUUUUUACAUCAGUAAUGUCCUGACUAUACUUUGUGAUCAGUUGAACGCCACUUUAGUGAAUUAAAGUACCAAUUUCCUUCUGAAACAGCAAAAUCUGUACAUUAUUCCAAACUUUUGGCCACCAGUGUAUAUAUUUUAAGCAACAGUUCACCCUAAAUUUGAUUUACAUGAGGGUCAUUUACUCACCCUCAUGUUGUUCCAAACUCAUGUGACUUUCUUUAGUGGAAAAUAAGAAAAGAAAAUAAUGCAGGUUUGGAAUGACGUGAGGGUGUGUAAAUGAUGACAAAAUUUUUAUUUGAGGGUGAAUUAUUCCUUAAAAUCAGCAUACAUUAAACACAGUACAAAUGCUACCAUGAUGUAAACAUGCUUUACUAUUUAAAUAGGAUAAGUAUAAAUAUUUCUAUUUAGUAAGAAGUGUUUAGUAAGAUUCAUCCUAAUGGCUUUUGUAAUAUCUUAUCAAUAAAGAGCCAGACUGUAUAAACCUUUUGUCUGCAGCACUAUUUCUUCUGACAUACAGUAACAUCAGGAACACCAAACAGAAAUGAUAUGUGAAGCAUAAAGAUUUCAAAUGUAUUUUCUUCCAAUGGAUACCCUUUUUUUUUUUUUUAACUAAAGCGAAGUCUUGCUUUACAAUUUUCUUUGUUGAAUAUUCUGUUUUACAUGUCAGAUUAAAUAAAAUAAAAUAGGUGGCAAAUGUUUCACUUUGACUUUAAACGUGAGAUUGGCCUGUGUUUUGCCAUUCCUUUUGUUAAUGCUAGUGCCUCAAAAAUGACAAACU